UUUAAAUAUCCGGCAUCCUUACAAGAGGGGGCAAUAAUGGCAUUUUGAUUUUGACAAGAGCAAACAAAAAUCAAUAUGCCAGAAAUAAGCUAAAAUUUUGAGAAAAAAACUGUCGUUAUUUUUUCCUAACCUUUGAAUACUUUUCGUAAUCGAAUUCCUCACUCGAAAACUGUAAUUUUACAAGUUGGUGAAAUAGGAGAUGCUUAUUAGAACUUCAAUAAAAUCAACGAAGAUCAUUAUUGAGGAUGGCUUGUAGAGGAUGCUUAGAAUGCUUGCUGAAGCUCUUGAACUUUUUGAUGACUGUUGCUGGUUUGGCAAUGGUUGGAUAUGGAAUCUACUUGUUUGUUAAGUACAAAGAUGCUGCUGAUACAGUCAUGCUUUUGUCACCUGUGGGCAGUGAUCAAGACUUGAUACAGCUUGGUCGGCCAAUGCUCAUGGCUGUGUCUCUUUCGUCUAGUAUAUUUGAUAAUCUACCAAAAGCAUGGUUUUUAUAUUUAUUUAUUGGAGUAGGUGUGGUUCUCUUCAUUAUAUCCUGUUUUGGUUGUAUUGGCACUGCGACAAGGAAUUUAUGUUGCUUGACUUGUUAUUCGCUGCUCGUAAUCUUGUUGAUCUUGGUGGAACUGGGAUGUGCAGCUUUCAUUUUUUUUGACAAAAGCUGGAAAGAUGAGAUUCCUACGGAUAAGACAGGAGAUUUUGACAUGAUAUAUGAAUUUCUGGAAGAAAACUGGACUAUUCUCAAAUGGGUUGCUCUCGGAAUUGUUGUCCUAGAGGCUUUCAUUUUCUUGUUAGCACUUAUGGUCAGGGCUGCCAAUAUUCCUGCUGAUUAUGACAGUGAUGAUGAGUUCAUUGCACCAAGGGAACAAAGACAGCCUUUAAUUAGCAGGCCACCCUCAGUUCCAGCUUCAGGUGUACCUGUUUCUGUCAGCCUUGAUCAACGGCCCAGUAGAAAUGAUGCUUGGAGUGCACGUAUGAGAGAAAAGUAUGGGCUGGAUACAUCUGAGUUCACAUACAACCCCGCAGAGUCAAACAGGUACCAGCAGGUGGUGCCACCACCAGCCGAAGAAAGAAGCCGUUGCACAAUUAUGUGAUGAAGAAUGAUAUUCUGGGUUUUUGGCAGAAAUCUUGAUUUGGUUGGCUUCCUAAAAGAUAGCAUGAGAACUUAAGGGUUUUUUUUUUUUCUUUUCUUUUGGUUGAUCUUAUGUAGGAUACACAAAUUCAGUUACUUUAUAUGUAUUCCCACUCCCGCUCCAUUUGAUCUCUUUUAGAGAUCAAACAUUUUCCAAAUGCUUAAACCAUUUUUGUGUGUAAAAUUUGGACUGCUACAGUUGGGUUUCACAAUAAGUUGCAGCUGAGCUUAACUGUUUAGGCUUAUAAA